CCUGUUCGAGUUAGCGAAGAUACAGAAUAAAAGGAUGGAAGAUACACCCGGCGAGGAGCACCUGGCGUUCAUGCAAUGGGCUGAGGGCGCAGGGAUCAAGAUCAAGGGCAUUACGCCCGCCCGAUUCCCCGGCCGACGACUGGGGAUGAAAGCGACUCGAACGAUAAAAAACAAUGAAAUCAUGCUCACUGUCCCCGUCAACCUGAUGCUAACCAUCGACUCCAUCCCAUCAUCAUUCACCUCGCAAUUCCCAUCCGGGACAUCCAUCCACGGGAUCCUCGCUGCGUUUCUCACACACGGCGAUCCAUCUCUUCUCAGGGACGUCGAGCCCUGGCAAAAAGUCUGGCCCUCAUUCGAUGAAUUCGAAGACAGCAUGCCGGUCCUCUGGCCGGAACAUCUCCGCGUAUCCAAUUCCAGCUACGGAGCCAAUUCCUCCUCGUCAGCAGAAGGAAAAGUCCUCCUCACGCCAUCCAUCUCCGGCAAAUGGAACUCCUUUGCCAAGGAGCCUCUCGGCGUGGACUACGAUACGAGAUAUCAGAAUCUCCUCAGCCAGCAAGAGAAACGACUCCAAGAUGCCUGGGCGCACGUGGUGACGGUCUACCCGGAGACCGAGUGGAAGACCUUUGCCUAUUACUGGUGUAUUAUCAACUCGCGGAGCUUCUAUUAUGUCUCCCCGGGGAAAGACGAACCCGAGGACUGGAAUGAUGCGAUUGGGAUGGUCCCGUUUGCGGAUUACUUUAAUCAUGUGGAUGAUGCGGCCUGCGACGUGACCUUCGACGGAAGGAAAUACACCUUCAAAGCCACUCGUCGAUAUGAAAAAGGCGAAGAGAUCUUCAUGAGCUACGGCUCGCACUCGAACGAUUUUCUCCUCGUGGAAUACGGCUUCUCCCUCCCCACCAACCCCUCCGACACAAUCUACCUCGACGACAUCAUCUUCCAAGAUCUCACCACAGCCCAGAAGAAAGAACUCGCGGCUCAGGGGAUUUUCGGGAACUACACCCUCCCCCUCCCCCCAUCCCCAUCCCAAUCCCCAUCAACAUCAGCAUCAACAUCAACAUCAAACAUCCACUACGCCAGCACCCUAAAAUACCUCCCCCGCCGCGAAUGGCGCAACUACAUCUCCGGACGCCCGUGCCAAGGCAUCAACGAACAGAAAACCAACGAGAUCAUCCGCGGGUGGGUGGAGAAGUAUCGUUCCGAGUGUGUGGUCACGAGUGGGAUUAUUGAGGGGAUGUUGAAGACGAAUCAGAAGGGGGAGGAUGGAGGGGAUGAAGAUGGGGAUGGGGAUGGGGGAAGGAUUGGGUCGAGGGCGUGGGAGAGGGAGAAGUUGGGGAUGUUGUUGGAGAGGUGGGGACAGAUCAGACGGUUGUGUGAGGGGGUGAUUGAGGGGUUGGAGUAG